GCUCCGAACCGGGGGGACACCCCCAGGGAGCCGCUUCCCCCUCGGGGCCAGCCCGGCCAGGCCGGGGCCCAGCCCGGCGCCAUGGAGCCCCGAGGCGGCGCCUGGCAGACCCCGAACGCGGAGAACCUGCCCCCCCAGACGCUGCGGCUGCUGUGCAGGGAGGUGUCGCUGCUCAGCGCCGACCCCCCCGACGGCAUCAAGGUCUUCCCCAACGACGAGGACGUCACCGACGUGCAGGUGGCCAUCGAGGGGCCAGAGGGCACCCCGUACGCCGGCGGGCUGUUCCGCAUGAAGCUGGUGCUGGGCAAGGACUUCCCGGCCGCGCCCCCCAAGGGAUUCUUCCUGACCAAGAUCUUCCACCCCAACGUGGGGCCCAGCGGCGAGAUCUGCGUCAACGUCCUCAAGAGGGACUGGAGAGCCGAGCUGGGGCUGCGCCACGUGCUGCUGACCAUCAAAUGCCUGCUGAUCCAGCCCAACCCCGAGUCGGCGCUGAACGAGGAGGCGGCGCGGCUGCUGCUCGAGGACUUCGAGCGCUUCGCCGCCCGCGCGCGGCUCCUGACCGAGAUCCACGCGCGGGGGGCGGCCCCCCGGGACCCCCGCCCAGACCCCCGCGACCCCCGGGACCCCCGCCCCGACCCCCCCCCGGGGCCCUCGGGCGCGCCCCCCCAGCCCCCCGCCGCGCCCCCCGAGGGCCCCGUGCCCAAGAAGCACGCGGGGGACAGGAAGGCGCCCCCCAAGAAGAAAGGGGGGGACAAGAAGCGGGCGCUGCGCCGCCUCUGAGACCCCAGACCCAAUUUGGGGCGGGGGGGGAGGAGGGGGGCUGGAACCUCCUGGGGGGGGGGUCCCGGGCCUCCCCCAGAGCGAGUUUAGGGGCUCCUGAUGCCCCCAGACUCGUUUUGGGGGUCCCGGGCCUCCCCCAGACUCUUUUUGGGGUCCCCGACUCGUUUUGGGGGUCCCAGGCUCAUUUUGGGGUCCCGGUUCUCCCCCAGACUCAUUUUGGGGUCCCCGACUCAUUUUGGGGGUCCCAGACUCAUUUUGGGGUCCCGGUUCUCCCCCGGACCAGAUUUAGGGGGUCCUGAUGCCCCCAGACUCAUUUUGGGGUCCCGGUUCUCCCCCGGACCAGAUUUAGGGGCUCCUGAUGCCCCCAGACUCGUUUUGGGGGUCCCGGGUCUCCCCCAGACUCAUUUUGGGUUGUCCGACUCGUUUUGGGGGUCCCAGACUCAUUCUGGGGUCCCGGUUCUCCCCCGGACCAGAUUUAGGGGCUCCUGAUGCCCCCAGACUCGUUUUGGGGGUCCCAGACUAAUUUUCUGGUCCCAGACCACCCCCAGACUGAAUUUAGGGGGUCCUGAUGCCCCCAGACUCGUUUUCGGGGGUCCCAGACCACCCCCAGACUGAUUUUGGGGUUCCAGACUUAUUUUGGGGGGUCCUUGACCACCCCCAGACUCAUUUGGGAGUCUCAGGUUUGUUUUGGGGGUCCCAGACUCAUGUUGGGACCCCAGACUCAUUUUGGAGCCCCCGACUCGGGGUUCCCAGGACUAGUUUUGGGGGUCCCAGACUCAUUUUUGGGGGUCCCAGACCACCCCCAGACUCAUUUUGGGGUUCCAGGUUGGUUUUGGGGGUCCCAGACUCAUUUCGGGACCCCAGACUCAUUUUGGGGGUCCCAGGUUGGUUUUGGGGGGUCCCAGACUCAUUUCGGGACCCCAGACUCAUUUUGGGGGUCCCAGGUUGGUUUUGGGGGGUCCCAGACUCAUUUCGGGACCCCAGACUCAUUUUGGGGGUCCCCCAGCCCCUCCUGAGCCGUUUUGGGAGGGGGUCCCAAAAUCCUCACUGGGGGGGAGGCCCCGAGCCCCCCCCCGGGUGCCCCCAGACCCAUUUCGGGGGGUGGGGGGGGCAGGGAUGACGUGUCCCUCUCGUCGUUUUUGGGGGUGGGGGAGGGGGUUUGGGGGGCGGGGGGGAGCGGGGCCGCCCCUCCCCCGCUUUAAGUUAUUUUAAGUUAUGUGGGAAAAACCCCGAAAAGGCGGAAAACGCCCCCAAAAAAAAACCCCAUUAAAGGCUUGGUUUUGUA